ACUUUCCGAACAACCUAAUAGUAAGCAUAAUUGCAUGUUUGUUGCAAAUAUCAAUCACAAAUAUGGAUGCCAUGAUACCUAGUGGAUGUCGACCAAUCAAUAUUGAGCAUUUCAAUCAGACAUGUUCCGAUAAAUUGAAAGAAGAUCGAUUAAUUGGAACAUUCGUAAUUUUAAUGUUGUUGUAUGGGUUUCUUAUGCUAUCACUUGGUAUUGGAAUGAAUUCCGUGAUGAAAAUUAAUUUUAUGAAAGUUCUUCGUAAUGAAUAUCGUAAUGGUUGGUAUAGUUAUGCAUCCUUGAUUCAUUCUUCCUAUAUAAAUGAACUGCUCACAUCAUUAAUCGUUAUGGUAAUAUGUGUCUUUAUCUUUUAUAUGAUUUGCGGUUUUGUUUACAUUGAUAAUUAUCAUUUGAAUUGGUAUCGAUUUGUUAACGCAUCUCUUUUCUGCUUUUUAACACUUUCAUACGGCCAAUCAUUUGGAUAUCUACUAUUGUCAAUAUGUAUUGAUAAUUUUGAGAUUCUUUUACUUCUAUGUCAAGUGACGAUUGUCUCACUAAGUAUUUCGAAUAGUUUCAUGAUUGCAAUCGAUGUUAUGAACAAGCCGGUUUACCUGACCAUGUCAAAAAUAAUCAGUUCCCGCUAUUCACUGGAGGGAUUAUUUUAUUCAUAUUAUGAAAUUGAUCGUUGUGAUUCGCAAACAGAAUAUUCACAAAUAGCGAAACAAUUAUUUAUUGAUUCCGACAACAUAUAUUCAAAUAUCAAAUAUCCUAUUGUAGUUAUGAUUGUUAUCCGAAUUAUUUCUUUCAUUGUGAUGCGUUGGACAUUCAGCAAUGUAAACAUUGAUACAGUUUCAUCCGAAAAAGAAGAAGUAAUAAUGACAAGCAUUCUUGCCACUCCCAUCGAAAUAAUUUUCCCUCCAAAGUCUAUGAAUGUCUCGAUGAUCGACUAUAAUAACAACGUUAAAUCGGAAUUAAAUGAAUUUCAGCAAUUUUGUAAAGGCCGUUACAUAAUUGGAUGGCGUCAAUUGACAUUGUUCUCCACCGAUACAAUCUAUGAAGUUCGUCCUACUCCUGAAUCAUUAGAAAAAUUCGAAGACACGUUGAUAUUGCGAAAUCUCAGCGGACAAUUCCAAUUUGGAACAUUGAAUGCUAUAAUGGGCAGUUCAGGUUCUGGCAAAACAUCAUUAUUGAAAGUUUUUAAUGGGAAAAUGAAAACCAAAUUGACAGGCUCGACAGAAUUUUAUCUCAGUCGAUUCACACCGAUUCGGACUUGCUACAUCAGACAAGAAGUUUCCAAUCAUCUGAUACCCGGACUAACGGGCAGACAAAGUUUGGUCUAUGCUUCCAAAUUGAAGAAUUGUCAUGAAAGACAAUCGAUCAAUCAUGACCAGAUAGCAACCAAUUUACUCGAUGAAUUGGACAUUGCCAACACAGCCAACACUAUGGUGCAAAACUGUUCAGGCGGUGAAAGGAAACGUUUGGCUUUGGCCUUGGAAUUGACCUCAGUUCGAAUGCCCAAUUUGAUCUGUAUUGACGAACCGGUCAGUGGAUUAGAUUCUAACUCGGCACACUUGGUUCUUCUGUGUCUUCAACGAUAUAUCGCUCGUCAUCCAGAUGUAACUAUGGUGGUAAGCAUUCAUCAGCCUAGUACCGAGCAGUUGGGCAUGUUUGACCAAUGCUACGUGCUUGCAUUCGAUGGACUUGGCAUCUAUUCAGGGCCUCCAGCACGAAUCAAAAGUUUUUUAAAUGAAGCAUCUUCCAUUGAUGAUGACAAAAGAUACCCGAUCGAAACUCUGAUUCGAUAUUCAUGCACUGGGCAUUCAAAUCCAAUCGUCCAACAAUUAGCAGAAGAAACCGAUCAUGAAGUUGCUAAGAUCACACAGUUGCUAUUGCAAGACACAGUUCGAGUGAAAAAUGGCUUACCAUUUCCACGUAUGAGAUUUUCAAUUCGAUUCGUAGCUGUUCUUUUGCAACGUUUCAUUCAUUCCUCAUUCAGAUACCAGUGGCCAUUAUAUUUUGGUCAUACAAUCAUGUGUAUCUUUAGUGGUGUUGCACUCAGAAGCUUUUUUGAUGAGGAAAUUGCCCAAAUUGAUGGCUGCCUAUCGAUGGAAGAAGAUUUCUUGAGUAUUUGUUCCAAUGUCACCGAUCAAAAAUGGAUAGAAGAUGUACGUCUUGCCAAUAAUGUGAAUUAUAUCUUCUUCUCGUGUUUCGCAUGUAUUUUCAUGAUGAAUGCUCAAGUGAUCAACACGUUUUCCUCAAAUUUUAAAUUUUUCACAGCCCAACAGCAAAAUGGUUGGUACACUUGUGGCGCUUAUUAUCUCGCCAAAUUAAUAUUCGAUGUGAUGACAAUUCUUCCUAUGGCCGUAAUCUUUGUUUAUGUAACUGAUAUCUAUUCAUCUGUAUCUCCAAACAAUUAUUUUGUUUGGCAAGUUUUCAAUUUAUUCAUAGCAUCAUUGAGCUUUCUGGCCUUAAAUAACCUGAGCGUAAUGUUUCUUCAUAAAUCAAUUAUCGCUUUAUUCAUAAUAAUUGGGUUGAUGCUUUGCAUUGGCAUCUUAUUAUCAAAUAUAUACAAUGUUAUUGAAGAAAUGAAUUUCAUCGUACGUUUCAUAUCAAAUAUUUCAAUAUUUCGUUACCAAUUCCCGGCAACGUUAUGGUUAAUUUAUGGUGGUGAACGAUGUCGACCGUAUGAAAUACAAUCCCUGUUGUAUAUGUUAAACGUUCCAACCAAUGUUGAAAACUUUUACGAAUGUAUAUUCAAACUGAUUGCAUUAGCUAUAUUCUAUCAUACCAUUGCAGUAUUGGUAUUUAUCAUCAAAUUUAAUCCAUUGAUCGAUCGAUAUAAAAGAGCCGAAUGUAUUGAAAAAUAUCGUAAUGAACGUUUGCUUAAAUCGAAUAAACCCUUCAUGAAUAAAUCGUUUGAUUAA